CCAGAGUGGGUCAAUGGUUAACGCUCAAGUGGCUUUAUAUAAGCCUACCCCAGCCACCUGCCCGCUCAGCUGCGUCUUUGGUCCUUCUGCUUCCCAGAUCCUGAAAGCAGUGGCUGUGGCAGCCCUCGCUGGUCCACACCAUGGCCACCUGCUGGCAGGCCCUGUGGGCCUAUCGCUCCUACCUCAUUGUGCUCCUCCUGCCCAUUCUCCUGCUGCCUCUGCCCAUCCUCAUCCCCAGUAAGGAGGCCUAUUGCGCGUACACCAUCAUCCUCAUGGCGCUCUUCUGGUGCACUGAGGCCCUUCCCCUGGCUGUCACCGCCCUCUUCCCCAUUGUCCUGUUCCCUAUGAUGGGCAUUGUGGACGCCUCUGAGGUCGCCAUCGAGUACCUGAAGGACUCCAACAUCCUGUUUGUCGGGGGGCUGCUGGUGGCCAUCGCGGUGGAACACUGGAACCUGCACAAGCGCAUCGCCCUCUGUGUGCUCCUCAUUGUUGGGGUGCGGCCAGCCCUGCUAAUCCUGGGCUUCAUGCUGGUCACGGCAUUCCUGUCCAUGUGGAUCAGCAACACAGCCACCUCGGCCAUGAUGGUGCCCAUCGCACACGCCGUCCUAGACCAACUGCACAGCAUGCAAACCAGCGGGGAUGUCGAGGAGGGCAGCAACAACCCCACCUUUGAGCUCCAGGAACCAAGUCCCCAGAAGGAGGUGACCAAGCUUGAUAAUGGGCAGGCCCUCCCUGUCGCUUCUGCUCCUCCAGAGGGGAGGACACAUCACAGCAAGGAGCAUCUCCGCAUCAGCCAGUGCAUGAGCCUGUGCGUGUGCUACUCUGCCAGCAUUGGGGGCAUUGCCACGCUGACCGGCACCACGCCCAACCUGGUGCUGCAAGGCCAGGUCAACUCGCUCUUCCCUGAAAAUGGCAACGUGGUGAACUUCGCCUCCUGGUUCAGCUUCGCCUUCCCCACCAUGAUCAUCUUGCUGCUGCUGGCCUGGCUGUGGCUGCAGAUUCUCUUUCUAGGAUUCAACUUCCGGAAGAACUUUGGCUUUGGGGAAAACACGCAGGAACGACAGCAAGCAGCCUACAGCGUCAUCCAGACCGAGCACAGGCUGCUGGGCCCCAUGACCUUCGCAGAAAAGGCGGUCAGCAUCCUGUUUGUCAUCCUGGUGCUGCUCUGGUUCACCCGGGAGCCAGGAUUUUUUCUUGGCUGGGGCAACGUGGCUUUUCCCAAUGCCAAAGGGGAGAGCAUGUUGUCCGAUGGGACAGUGGCCAUCUUCAUCGGCAUAAUUAUGUUCAUCGUACCUUCCAAGUUCCCAGGGCUGACCCAGGACCCAGAAAACCCAGGGAAGCUGAAGGCCCCUCCUGCCCUCCUCAACUGGAAGACAGUGAACCAGAAGAUGCCCUGGAAUAUCGUGCUCUUGCUGGGUGGUGGCUAUGCUCUGGCCAAGGGCAGUGAGCGAUCGGGCCUGUCAGAGUGGCUGGGAAACAAGCUGACCCCACUGAAGAGUGUGCCAUCUCCAGCCAUCGCCUUCAUCCUCUGCUUCAUCGUGGCCACCUUCACCGAGUGCACUAGCAACGUGGCCACCACUACGAUCUUCCUGCCCAUCUUAGCCUCCAUGGCCCAAGCCAUCUGCCUCCACCCUCUCUACGUCAUGCUCCCCUGCACUCUGGCCGCCUCACUGGCCUUCAUGCUGCCUGUGGCCACCCCGCCCAAUGCCAUCGUCUUCUCUUUUGGGGGACUCAAAGUGUUGGAUAUGGAAAGUAGCAGCGAGCUUUGGGUGUCUCCUACCAGCCGGAUUGGGCCAUGCUGGGACUCAACAGCUUCUACAGUCUCUGUGGCAAUGCCAAGGCUCCUGCUUCAGCUCCUAGGCUGCAUGCAAUGAGGAAGUUGUGCUUCCCAAAGGAAAGAGGCAGCCAGAGCCGGAGCCCGCACCCAUUCCUGGGGCAGAGGUGGAUCCCGUCUUGGAAGAGAAAGAAGUUCAUCUCAUCCAUCAGAAGCAGUCUCACUGUGGGAAGUGACAACUACAGUCUUUCCUGGACAUCCCAUCAGGGCCUCCCUGGGACAAAGUCUUUUAACUUUGUUCAUGUUACAUUUUGCUCUAAAGAAAUUUAAACUUUUUACUUAGUCAAAUCUGUUAAUAUAUUCCUUUAUGGCUUCUGGAUUUGAUGUCACGCUCAAAAAUGCCUUCUCCACCCCAUAAUCAUAAAACUGUUUCCCAUAUUUUUUCUAUUUGUUUGUAUGAUUUUCACUUUUAUAUCAGAUUGUUAAUCCAUCUGGAUUUUUAAACAUAUAGUAUGAAGUAGGAUUUAACUUUAUUUCUUUCCAAUGGAAAGUUCAUGAUCCCAAGGAGUGGGAUUUCUUGCUUGUUACUUUUAAAUACUUUAUAGUCCAGAUGUCGUGGCUCAAACCUAUAGCAGUACUUUGGGAGCUCGAGACCAGACUUGGCACAGAGCAAUACCACAUCUCUACAAAAAAAAAAAAACAACUUAACUAGCUGAGUGUGGUGAUGUAUACCUGUAGUCCCAACUACUGGGGAGGCUGAAGUGGGAGAAUCGCUUGAGCUCAGGAGGUGGAGGCUGCAGUGAGCUGUGAUCAUGCCUCUGCACUUCAGCCUGGGCAACAGAGCGAGUCCCUGUCUCAGAAAAAUAUAAUAAAGGCCGAGCACCAGGGCAGACUUUUGGGCUGUAAUCCCAGCACUUUGGGAGGCCAAGAUGGGCAGAUAACAAGGUCAGGAGCUCAAGACCAGUUUGACCAACAUGGUGAAACCGCAUCUCUACUAAAAAAUACAAAAAUUAGCCAGGCGUGGUGGCGCGUGCUACUCAGGAGGCUGAGGCAGAAUUGCUUGAACCUAGGAGGCAGAGGUUGCAGUUAGCUGAGAUUGCGCCAUUGCACUCCCGCUAGGGCGAUAGAGCGAGACUCCACCUCAAAAAAGAAAAAAAGAAAAGAAAAUACCUUACUAUUAUAUACCUAUUUUAAAAUACCUUGUCACAUGCCCAAUUCUCAUAAAUAUUCAAGUUUAUUCUGGAUUCUAUUAUCUUCCAUUAAUUUAUUUAUUUCUGUGUCAAAGUUGCAGUUUUAAUCAUGGAAGCCUUAUUGAACAUUUUGAAAGCUGACAGGGCAAGUUACCCGUCAGUCUUCUUUCUCAAAAAGUUCCAAGCUAUUCUCAUAUACCUACCCUUCCCCCAAACUGCAGAAUCAACUUGUCAAAUCUCGGGGGCCAAAAACCUUUAGACUUUUGAUUUGAAUUACAUUCAGCUUCUAGAUUAUUUAGAGGAGAAUUGGCGUUCUUACAAUAUUCUAUUCUGCCUCCUUGUUGUUGCUGUUUUAGAGACAGGGUCUCACCAUGUAGCCCAGGCUGGUGUCAAACCUCCUAGGAUCAGGCGAUGCUCCUACCUCCAAAGUGCUGGGAUUACAGGCGUGAGCUACCCUGCCCAAGACAUUUUUCUUUCUUUUUUCUUUUUAACCUUCCAAUUCAGGAACAUGAUAUGCCUUUAUAUUUAUUCAGGUCUUAUUUUAUGUCCAUAAUUAAAAAUCUAUUAUAUUUUAUGAGUUAUAUCUUUUUGUCUCCUUUUUCUCUUUUCUUUGUUUUUUUGUUUUUUGUUUUUUUGAGACAAGGUCUCAUUUUGUCACCCAAGCUGGAGUGCAGUGGCUCAAUCUCGGCUCACUGCAACCUCUGAAUCAUGGAUUCAAGCAAUCCUUCCAUCUCAGCCUCCCAAGUAGUUGGGGCUACAGGCACUCGCCACUUCAUCCGGCUAAUUUCUUGUAUUAUUCAUAGAGACAGGGUGUCACCAUGUUGCCCAGGCUGGUCUCGAACUUCUGAGCUCAAGAGAUCCACCUGUCUUAGCCUCCCAAAGUGCUGGGAUUAUAGGCGUGAGCCACCUCACCCAGCUAACUCCUAUUUUAAUUCGUUGUUUUAGCUGUAUAGAAAUGGUUUUGAUUUUUAUACAUGGAUAUAUUCUUCUAUCUUACUACCUUCUCUCAUUUGUUCUCAUAGUCUUUUAAUUGAUUCUCUUCAAUU